AUGGAAUCGUGUGUUCUCCUUCGCAACAAGAGGGUGGUUCUUCAGAAACCGCCGGUGGCGGUCCCUUGCGUCUUCUGGCGCGCGGGUCGAUGCAACCGUCGACCUUGUCGUUUCCUCCACGCCGAACAGCCCCCAUCUGCUCCGGAGAAAAACACCAAGCGCAAUCUGCAGACCCCGUUGUCAUCUCCGGCAACAAAGGGCAAGCACAACCUGCAGCCUCCCUCUGCUCCGGUGACAAACGACAAGACCGAUCUCGCAUGGAGGGGAGAGAAUACUGCUUCCUCCGUUGUUUCGCCGCAUGCUUCCUCCGGAGCCAACCUCUCUACUGUUGAGAGACCGAGACCUGUUGAGUCAUUCGCCGACGAGAUAGUCGCCGACACUGCCCCAGCGAAUCAGCAGGUCAUCAUCUCGCAGGUCAUCGCUGAUGAUAAGAAUAAGAUCGCCGCUGACAGGGACACGGUUCGUAACGAGAGCAAUUGCUCUCUUCUGGCCACGCUCCGGGGGCAUCAACAGGCCAUAUCUGGGAUCGCAUUAGCAUCCGAUACAAACAGAUUGCUCCUAGGAAGCAAAGAUGGAACCAUCAGCGUCUGGGAUUCACUCACCGGACAGCGUGUCCGUGUAAACAUUAUGGGUGCUGAAGUUGGAGCCCUCCUCACUGAGCAACAUUGGAGCUUUAUGGGCGUCUUCGAUUCUUUCCAAGCCUACAAUUCACAUACCAAAACUCAGUAUAUAAUCGAAGAGCUUGGAGGACAAGUUCAUGCUAUAGCUGCUUCGAAUGGAUUCGUUUUUGCUGGUAUCCAGGAUGGCUCCAUUUUGGCUUGGCAUGCAAUUCAAUUCAGAAGAAUUAAUUACAGAACAGCCGAUGGCAUCUCUCGAUGGGCAUCUACUUCCAGUAGUGUCACUGCUAGUGCAUGA